AUGUUCAACUCGGUGAACCUGGGCAACUUCUGCCCCUCGCAGACGCGCAAGGAGCGCGGCGGCGGCGACUUCGGCGACCGCGCGGGCAACCUGUACCUGCCCAGCUGCACCUACUACGUGCCCGACUUCCCGGCCGUGCCCCCGUUCGCCCCCGCUCGCCAGAUCUCGUACCCGUACGCCGCCAACCUGGCGCAGGUGCCCCGCGAGGUGCCCUACGCGCUGGAGCCCUCGGCCAAGUGGCACCCGCGCGGGAAUUACGCGGCGUGCUGCCCCGCGGAGGAGCUGCUGCACAGGGAGUGCAUCCCGCCCGCCGAGGUGCUGGUGAAGAGCGACGAGUUCCACCAGCACCACCACCACCGCGGCUCCGUGCUGCCGCAGGGCUUCGAUCGCUUCCUCGAGGGCUCCGCGCCCGACGGGCCGCACGGCGAGGACGAGGAGGAGGACGAGGAGGAGGAGAACGCCAAGCCCGGCUCGGCGCCCGGAGCCAAGGACGGCUCCAAGAGCGGCGCCGCCGAUUAG